AUGAUAAACCCCCGCGAACAACCCAAAACCCCUUGGUUGCCUCAUCGUCUCCUUCUUCCUCUCUUCUCCUCCCCUGUUCCUGCUCCUGGUGUUUAAUCCUUUCGUUGCAGCAUGAGUUCUCUAGUUUUACCUUUUAAAGUGAAACUCUCCUCCUAUUUCGCUUGCAAUUCCAAAGCGCACUCGUCAUUUGCUGCUCUUCAAUGCCCAUAUUCUCCUCCACCCUUCAAAUCCUCGCAGUUGGCUGCAGUCAAGAAACGGGUCAAAGGAAUCCAUUGCGAAUUCGAUGGGAAAUUGAAUGGGGUUUUCUCUAUGGACUCCGACGCCCGCUUCCUCGACCGGCAAAAAGCAUUGGAGGCAGCAAUGAGUGACAUAAAUAAUUCUUUUGGAAAAGGAAGUGUUACAAGAUUGGGCAGUGCGGGAGGGGCACUGGUUGAAACUUUUCCCAGUGGCUGUUUGACACUAGAUCUGGCCUUGGGUGGUGGCCUUCCAAAAGGGAGAAUCGUGGAGAUAUUUGGACCAGAAAGUAGUGGGAAAACAACCCUAGCACUCCAUGCAAUUGCUGAAGUUCAGAGGCUUGGUGGCAAUGCAAUGCUUGUUGAUGCAGAGCAUGCAUUUGAUCCAGCAUAUUCAAAAGCUUUGGGGGUAGAUGUAGAAAAUUUGAUUGUCUGCCAGCCUGACAAUGGCGAGAUGGCAUUAGAAAUUGCGGAUCGUAUGUGCAGAUCUGGUGCAGUAGAUCUUAUCUGUGUUGAUUCUGUAUCAGCUCUAACUCCAAGAGCAGAGAUUGAAGGUGAGAUUGGGAUGCAGCAAAUGGGAUUGCAAGCACGCCUUAUGAGCCAAGCUUUACGUAAGAUGUCAGGAAAUGCCUCUAAAGCUGGUUGUACCCUGAUUUUUCUGAAUCAGAUAAGAUAUAAGAUUGGAGUGUAUUAUGGGAACCCUGAAGUGACUAGUGGAGGAAUUGCAUUGAAGUUCUUUGCCUCUGUCCGUCUUGAAAUACGUCCUACUGGGAAGAUUAAAUCUGUUAAAGGAGAUGAAGAUAUUGGUGUUCGGGUUCGAGUGAGAGUGCAAAAGAGUAAGGUUUCAAGGCCAUACAAGCAAGCAGAGUUUGAGAUCAUAUUUGGAGAGGGAGUCUCUAAACUGGGAUGCAUUCUGGACUCUGCUGAAGCUAUGGAUGUAGUGGUAAAGAAGGGCUCUUGGUACAGCUAUGGGGACCAUAGGUUGGGACAAGGCAGAGAUAGAGCAGUACAAUAUUUGAGAGACAAUCCUGUUAUUCAUGAUGAAAUAGAGAAGAUAGUUCGCUCUAAGAUAACUGAUGGCACUAUCCAUCUGACUUCUCCUAACAUCAAGAAUUCAUCACAGCCUUAUCAAGAUGAAAAUGUUUUUGAAGAGAUUCAGUGACAUGGAACAGAUAUUUCUAUUGCGUUUAUUCUCAUUUCUAGAUAGCACUAAAUUUUUCAUUCUUCUGUUGAGGGUUCAACUCAUUGUAAACAAACUACAUUUGUAGAUUCCUCAAGGAAGCUAUUAGGCCCAACAUUUCAAUUGAAAUAUAUUUUUGAGCUAAAU